AAAGAGAAGGGCCUUCUGUUUUUUUUCUCUCUCUCACUCCUCACCAUUUUCUUUCUCUUCUCACUCAUCAUCACAGAGUCUUAACGGAGAAGAUGAGCUGACCGUUCAUCCUCCUAACGGCGUAACGGAGUAUUCAACCCAAAACGCCGUUUUCUUCCGUUCAAUCGGUCACGUGCCAUCCAAACCAUUAAUAAUAAUAAUAUUUAUUUUAUUUAUAAUAAUAAUAAUAGUAAUAAUCUCAUCUCCUUUUUUUAUGGCUUUGGAGCUCAGCUUACCAACGAACCCCGUUGACACCGAGGCUGACGGUGUCACUAACGGCGUCGACGCCCGACCUUCCUCCACCGACGGCGGAGAUGACGGCAGAAGAGCCCCCAGGCUCCCCCGCUGGACUCGCCAAGAGAUUCUCGUCCUCAUACAAGGUAAGCGAGUUGCCGAGAGCAAAGUCCGCAGAAUCCGAACUGCCGGCGCCGCUUUCGGGUCGGGUCAGGUCGAGCCCAAGUGGGCCUCUGUUUCUUCGUAUUGCAGGAUGCACGGUGUCAACCGUGGCCCCGUUCAGUGCCGGAAGCGGUGGAGCAAUUUGGCCGGCGAUUACAAGAAGAUUAAGGAGUGGGAAUUGCAGAGGAAAGACGGGUCCGACUCCUUCUGGGCUAUGAGGAACGACUUGAGACGCGAGAGGAAGCUUCCCGGAUUUUUCGAUAAGGAGGUUUUUGAUAUUUUGGAUGCCGGGUCGGGCGGUGGAGUUGGUCAGCAAGCCACUCCGGUCGUGGCUCCCCCGCCGGCUGAGGAGAUGGAGAAGGACGCCACCGCUGAGGAGCCGGAGGAAAACACUGUCAUGUUCGAUAGCCGCCGUGGGGCUACGGCUGAGGACGGCAUGUUCUCGGACUUUGAGCAGGAGGACUCCGUUCGGAGUCCGGUGAAGGAAGCGGCAGCGGCGACGGCGACCAAAGAAGCCCCACCGGCAGCUUCGAUGGGGAUUCCUGCUGUGCCGAUAUCAUCCGUUGCGGCAGCUAACGUGGAACAACCAACUUCAAAUCCUGAGAUUGGUUCUACAUCUCAAGAGGGAAGGAAGCGAAGACGGAUGACGUUCGACGGGGACGGCGGCGAAACCAGUUUACAGAAUCAGUUGAUUGAUGUGCUAGAGAGGAAUGGUAAGGCUGUGGCUUCCCACCUUGAUGCUCAGAACACUCAUUUCCAACUUGACCGGGAACAGAGGAAAAACCAUUCUGAUAGCUUAGUAGCUGUUCUUAACAAGCUCGCAGAUGCAUUGGUCAGAAUCUCAGAGAAGUUGUAGUAGAAAAACAAAGCAGUCAUCACUAUGUUAGUGUACAUAAACACAAGUCCACCACUUCUCUCCGAGGUGAGUUGACUCUAGUGAGGGCAUUCACAUCUCUUCUAGUCUUCUUCUUCUUCUUUUAAUAAUAUAUUUUUUAUUUAUUAUAUUUUCUUUUUUCUUUUUUGGGGUACAUGUCACCUUUGGUGGCAUACCAUCACCAUGAUAGCGUCUAUACACAGAUACUGAUUUUUGCAAGUUAUAAAAGGGUUUAGCAAUAACCACAUUUCUUCAGCUUCUUCUGAUAUGUUGUCACUCGAUAGGGAAGUUUUUCUUUGUAUGCCUAUGCGAUUGUACGGGCUAUUGAUGAUAUAUUUUGAUAAGAUGACUGAAAUGUUUUUACA